ACUAUGAUAGCAGUUGGGCUUGGUGUUGCAACUGUUGCAUUUGCAGGUCGUUAUGCUUUCCGCCUUUGGAAACCAUUGGAGCAGGCAAUUACAGAGACAGCAAAGAGGAUUUCAACUUCAAGCCUUUCAUCAUACUAUAAAGGAGGAUUUGAACAGAAAAUGAGCAGGCGAGAAGCUAGUCUUAUAUUGGGUGUAAGUCCAUCUGCUGGCAAGGCCAAAAUCAGAUCAGCCCAUAGAAGAAUCAUGAUUUUGAAUCAUCCUGACAAAGGUGGAUCACCUUAUUUGGCAACAAAAAUAAAUGAAGCAAAAGAUUUGUUGGAAUCCAGUGUCAAAAACUGA